AUGAUCCUUAAAUACGACCCUGAGUUUCAGGCCGUACACGAUGCAUUCGAAAAGAAUUUCAAGCUUGAGCCUCUGUCUUUAGAUUAUAUCGAGAGCUCUGCUAGAAGACGUGAAGCGUCCAUGCAAGCCUUUAUCCCGAAACAGGUGGUUCAUCCAGACAUGGAGCAAGCCACUCACCCUAUCGUUACUUCUGACGGCCAUGCUAUCACAGUCGUCAGCUUUAGAAAAAGAGACCCCCAAUCGAGCCCUGGACCAGCUCUUCUUCAUUUCCACGGAGGGGGCAGGAUAAUGGGAUCAGCCGAGGGGGGAGCAAUGAUAUUGUCAGCCCUGGUUAUGGAAACCUCUAUCCCCAUCUUUAGUGUCAAUUAUCGACUUGCUCCUAAAUUCAAGGGCCCCAUUCCUGCUCUAGAUGGCUACGCCGCCUUGCUUUGGUUGCAAAACAGAGCAGAUGAGUUCAACGUGGACCCGGCAAGAAUUGCCCUCCUUGGCUAUAGCGGAGGUGGAGGUGUUGCUGCCGGCGUGGGUUUGAUCACCCGUGACCGGAACCUACAGCCUCCUCAAGCCAAGCAGAUUCUGAUCUACCCGAUGCUCGACGACCGCAAUCUGGUAGAGAAUAAGGGUCUGAAGCCUUGA